AUCGUGUAACGUCCGGGUUAAUGACAAAUGACAGGUUUUGUCGGUCUGUCAAAUUUUGAUAAAUUUAUUGUUUUGUUUUGAUAAAGGAUUUACAGAAAAGGAUUAACAAAAUUGUAUAGUAAACAACGUAAAUAAAUAACCAUGGCAGUUGUGAUCGAUUUAAAGUUCGUUUGCAUUAUUUGCCUUCAAGACGAUGGAGGUGAAUUGAUAUCUGUCUUCUCUGGGGAUAAGGAGAGUACUACUCAGUCGGAGCCAGAGUCUAGUUUAUCAAUUGCCGAAAAGAUUUCAUUAUGUUCAGGACUAAAUUUGUCAAAUAUAAGUAUUAAAGUUUCAAACAAAAUAUGUAAUCGCUGUUUGGAUGAUCUUUCUGUUGCUUGGCGCUUCCGGAAAAAUUGUGAAACCACUAAUUCGCUCUUCAGAUCCAUACAGCAAGAAGAAAAUGGAGAUGUGUCUUUGGUCAAUUAUGAAGUCGAUUGUGACAAAAUGAAACUACCUACUUCUUUGAAAAUACAACGAGUCCAUUCUGACAUUAAAUCAUAUAUCGAUACUUCUGAAGUAGAUGGAGAACAAUCUGACGACAUUGAUCCAAACGAAGUAGAAAAAUCUCAAGACGACUUGGAUUCCAUUUCAGGUUUCGGAAUAGUAGAAUAUAUUGAUGAAGAUGAGCAAAAACAGUCCGAUGAAAGUACGGAUUAUUUUAACUGUAUUCGGGAAGAAAGUCUUGAAGCGAAUGAGGAUUUUAAAGUAAUUCAUAAACAAUCUAAUAUAGAAAAAGUAAGUAACCUGGAGACUCAAACUGAAAUCAAUACUACAGAAUAUGGAUUAAAAUUUGAAGCUGAAAUAAAAGAAGAAUUCUCAGAAGAUGCAGAAGAUGGCGUCGAGGAUGAUAGUGUAGGUUUUAUAAGUAAACAAACGGAAGAUGACUUUUCAAACAGCGAAAAUAAUAUAAUUUCAUCCUCCAAUAAAUCAAAAACUAAUGCUGAAAAAGAAUUAUCAUUUAAAAGGAAAUUGAGUUAUAAAAAAAUAUCCACUCCGACUGAGGCAAAGUACAAUGAUCCUCAAAAGUUAUCGCAUAAAAGCAAAGCGUUUCAUGCUCCUAUCAAGAUUUGUGAGAUCUGUGGAAAUAUUUACAAGUACCAACACGCAUUAAGCGCUCAUAUGCGCAGACAUAACAACGACCGGCAAUUCGGUUGUGAACUUUGCGACAAGGCAUUUGUUUCGAAUGUAGAGCUUAGACGACAUAUGCGUGUGCAUACGGGUCAAAAGCCAUAUCCUUGCUCUUUUUGUGAAAGACGUUUUUCCGACUUUGGGUCGCGAAGUAAACACGAACGGACACAUACAGGUGAAAGGCCAUAUCGUUGCACAACCUGUAAUAAGUCCUUUGCAUAUCCACAUGUUCUGACCGUACAUUUGCGAACACAUACGGGAGAGAAAAAAUUCCAAUGUACUCGAUGUGGUAGAGGCUUCACAAAGAAAGUAUACCUAUUAGCUCACUUAGAAAACCAUACACGCUGUGAAAACAUGUCAUUAAUUACACGAAUGAAUGAUAACGAAUCUGCCGUUAGUAUGAAAUCUGAUUCGGAUACAACGCAGCAACAAGGAAUUAGUGCAAUAAAAACAGUGGCCUUUGAGGAAUGCAUCUUUACCACAGAAUUAGUAAGUGAUAGUGGAAAUUUAACCAACGGAGACGAUGACAUAAGCCGUUGUACCAUGGAACUGGAAGAUACGAUCGACGAGGAACACUUAGAAGAUGAUAAUAAUGUCGAAUACAUUUUGGGAGUACGUUCAUAGUCAUUAGUAGCAUUAUACAAAUUAUAAAAAAAUCGCUAACGUCAAGACAUUUUCCGUUAAUAGAACACUCAACAGCUCAAACAUGUAACCAAUUAGCUGCUUGGGAACACAUGUAUCUUCCGCAUAGGUGUCGAAUGGGAAGUUGAUUUUCAAAUAUAUUUCAUAUUGGCACACAAAGAUCCUUCAUACCAGACGCUCACCUGCUGGACUAGGUGGAUAUUUUCGUGGUAUUCAAUUACCUCACUUGUAGAAACCACAUGCGGUGAAUGAUAUGCUCAUAAAGUUCUACCGCCAAAACUUUUCAUCAAUGUAUUUAUUAGUAUUUGUAUUAAUAAUAUGGAAAUAAAAAGAUGUAAUAUUAUAAUAAACAAUAAAUUGUUAAUAUUUAUUGAA